AUGGAAGCAGAUGUAUGUGCUCAGCUUGUGGAAUCAUGUGAGGAAAAUGGUGAAGCCCAGAUGGCAAUCCUUGUGGGGGAUGAUGAUUCUUCAACUAUAAAGAAAGUGAGAGACACCCUUGACCAUGACGUUGAAAAAUGGUCUGACAUUGUCCAUGCAAAGAGAGCUUUUGUGUCUUCUCUUUAUGGUUUACAGAAAUCACACAAAAAGUUAACUGCUAAAGUGAUUGACUAUUUGCAGAAGUGCUUCAGUUAUGCCGUUACACAAAACAAAAAUGACCCCACUGGAGUAAAAAUGGCCUGCGAGUGAUAGUUCCACAUGCCUUUGGUGAUCAUGGCACUUGUUCCAUCUCUUGGUGCAAGUAUCUAAAAGAUCCCGUCAGCUAUCGUCACAGCACACUACCCCAUGGCAAAGAUCUGGAGGGGGAAGACUUGAAAAAAGACCUGCAAGAAACCAUCGAAAUUUACUGUGAAAAUGCAGAAGAGUUGGCUCCACUUGGAUCUAGCCAAGCCAAUGAAGCACUAAAUAAUACCAUAGGCAGCAAAGCCCCCAAAAUCAGGCAUUACGGCUCAAGUGAAAGCAAUGACUAUCGUAUGGCAUGCACAGUGAACCAAAAGAAUAUUGGCCAUUCAUAUGUG